CAACUGCUCCUAGUUGUGCUCUUUCCUUUCCAACUAGUGGUGGCACCUGUUGAUCCGGGAAUGGUUGCUCCUACUUCUGCCUAGUCUGGACGAUGUCGUCCUCCUGGGAUUCGUGCGUCCGUUAUUGCCCGUGUGCGCAGUGCCAGCAUGCGUCUUCCUCCUGCGGAUUGUUCAUUGGUGACGGCAGGCGCUGUUGUGCAUGGUCAGUUGCCUGGGGUUCAUUCAGGGUGGUGUUUCCGCUCUGUGUCUCGCCGGCCGCUCCAUUCUCGCUGGCCUGGUGGCCAGCAUUCCGGCUCGGACCAGUUUCUUAAUGGAGAUCUUGAUAGACGCCGUCGUGAGAUUUCUUUAGGGAAGCGGCCUGUUGAUUGCACUGUUGUUCCACCACUACUGUUGGUUCUUCUUCCGUGUUUGAUGGCCUUGUGUUUGCUGCUCGGGCCGUCAUUGCGCGAACUGAUGGUUGACAGAUCAAUUGGUCGUCCUUCUACUCUUCCUGUUGGUGUCCAUCUUGACUGUUAUUUAGUCGGUGCUCCGUCUGUGGUAACCGUCCAAGAGUGGUGCCUUUGCGUGCGGCUGGUGCCUUUGGUCGGCCUACUCCUCUUGUGAUGCCUACUCCUGUUAUGGAAUACUUUCAGGUUGUGUGCGGCCGGCGUAAGCGGGCGUUGAUGCGGUCGUACUGGUCGGGUCGGAAAAGAGGUGUUUUUUUCUCCUCCCAUCGUCUUGUUGUGUAGUUUUGUCUUUCAGUUGCUGCUAUGUAUGGAUUUCAUUUUUUUCUCCUUUGCAGUAUGCGGGAUGCAACCUCCCUUUCCAAAGGAUUAUAUUCAUUUGCUUAAGGCCACUUCUAGGGGCCGUUCGUACUAUUGCGGCCCGGAUUUGUGUUGCCAGAGGUGCGGGGCUUUAUUUUGGUUUCGUGAAGGAUCUGUACACCAUGCUGAAGCAACUUCUCACUCUCCUAUUUACACGGGAUGUUGUUGGGCGGGCAUGAUUUCGCUGCCGAAGUUUGGUGACUAGCCUACUCCUUUGGACAGGCUGAUGCGCUUUGAUGGGGAUGCGGUUUCUUCCCAGUUCAUGUGAUUAAUACGAGAGUACAAUUCUAUGUUCUAUUUUACAUCUUUGGGUGCACAGGUUGAUCGUAGUAUCAAUGUUGGAGGUGCUCCAUACGUUUUCAAGAUUAAUGGGGUGGUCUACCAUCGUAUUGGUUCGUUGUUUCCGGUGGAGGGUGCAAUCCCCAAGUUUGUGCAACUGUACAUGGUGGAUUCUGCCGAUGAGGUGGACUGUAGGCUGAAUGUGUUUGAGGGAGAAGAAACUGCCUCACUUGAGCCUGAUCCUGAGAUUGUUUCUUCUCUGAUAAACAUGCUCAAUGUGUUGGGGAACGUAGCAUGCAAUUUCAAAAAACUUCCUACGAUCA